UAUUAAUAUUAUAGAAUUUUAUGUCAAAUCCAUACUAAUAAUCAAAUCCUCAGUACCCUCAAUAAAAUUAAUAAUAAUACCCCUAGCAAUAUCCCUAAUAGUACUCUUAGUAAUAUUCCUAAUAAUAGUAACCCUAUCCUUAAUAACAAUAACAGUAAUACCCACCAUAAUAAUAAUAUUACCAAUCCCAAUAACCUAAUUACUAAUAUCAAUAAGUUUAAUAGCCUGUCCAACAAUAGCCUUAUUAUCAAUAGACCCAACCUCAACAUAAUGUUGUGAUAGAUGAAUAAUGUAAAUUAUAAAAUAAAAUUAGAAAAAAACCCUUUGGUUGAUUAUGAUCUUGGAGAAUCCUUUUUAAGCAAUGUUGGGUUUGAUUAAAGAAAGAAAUUUAUUGUUAAGGUUUAUAGUUUACUAACCAUUCAAUUAUUUGUGACAUUUUUAAUGGUAGCUAUUGCAUGUUUCUCAUAAGGAUUCAGAGAUUUAUUAAUUAAUCCAUAUAGUUAUUAAGCAACACCAUUUUAUUGGAGUAUGUUUGCUGUUGCCUUUAUCACUGAAAUCGCUAUUUUUUGCUGUAAAAAAGUAGCAAGAAAAGUACACAAUAUAUAAUAUAAACAAAAAGGUUCCCAAUAAUUAUAUUGCCUUAACAAUAUUUACAAUUAGCUUUUCAUUUGUUGUUGCUGGUUCAUGUGCAGUUUGUAAGGAUGCUUUUGAAAAUGGUGGAACCUUGAUCUUGAUUGCUGCACUUAUGACAUUUGCAGUCACUGCUUCGUUAACUGUCUAUGCAUGCAGAACAAAAACAGAUUUUACUAUGGCAGGUAUUUAUUAGAAAAAUAGUGAUUAGGAGGUGCUUUAUUCAUUCUGGCCUCUAUAAUGUUUAUCCUCUUCAUCUUUGCCAUUUUCUUUUUUAAUAUCAUCUUAUGGCUCUUAUUAUGUUCCUUAUCCGUAGUCCUUUAUGGUUUCUACCUAAUUUAUGAUACUCAAUUGAUUAUUGGAGGAAAGGUAACAUGAUCAUAAUAUAUUUAGUCUCAUCAAUUAAGUAUUGAUGAUUAUGUGAUCGGAACUAUGUUCAUUUACAUCGAUAUCAUAAUAUUAUUCUUGAGAAUAUUGCAGAUUCUGAUGAUAUUGUUUGGAAAAAAAUGAAAUAUCAAUAAAUACAUCAUAAGUAUUUCUAUUAUUU